AUGACUAAUGAUGGACAGAGCAAUAUUUUAAAUAAAUGCGACGACUCAGGAGCAAUAGAUAACAUAAAAACUAUUCCUUCACAUAAUAAUGUAAACUCAACAAAUUUUAUAAAAAAUGAAAAUACCCAUAAAGGUGGCUGCCCUUAUGCAGCGAUGAUGGAUCUAUCCGAUCCCCCAGCAAAUCUGCCAAAGGUCUUAGAAAGAGUAACAAAAGAAGACUUGCUCGAAGGUCAUGAAGUGAAGGAAAAUGAAAUUAAGGAGAGUGAAACGAAGAAGGAUGUGGUAGAAGAUCAUGGAAUAAAGAAGGAUGUGGUAGAAGAUCAAGGAAUAAAGAAGGACGUGGUAGAAGAUCAGGGAAUAAAGAAGGACGUACCAAACGAUGCCCCAAAUGACAUAAACAGUAAUAGCGAAGAUGACCAUAUAGAGCUAGAAGAAAUAUUUGCUCUUGAAACUUUAAUGCAAAUAUCUAAUAAUAUAUUUAUAAAUACUCACCAUAGUAUAACAAAAGAUGAUAUAAAUAUAAAAAAUUGUAAAGUAGUUAUAUAUGAGUCAAGUAAUUCUUUACCAGAUUUAAAUGAAGGAGAUGAUGAAUUUAUAAAUAUGUUAUUUUAUUUUCAAAAUAAAAAUUAUAUAUUUUUUCUAAUAUAUUGUUUAAAUAAAAAAAAUGUAGUAUAUUUAAAAUUUUUCAAUCCUUUAUUAAUUGAAAAAGAAAAUAUAGAAUCGAUCAAUUUAUUUUUUGUAAAUAAUUGUUUUCCUCAUAUAGUGCUAGGUCUGAAUAAUGGAAAAAUUUGUUUAUACAAUCAUGAAGGUGUUAUAUGUAUGCAAAAUAAAUUUUUUGAUUGUAAAAUAAAAAAAAUAUUUUUAGAGCAUAAUAAUAAUUAUAUAUUAUUUCUUCAUGAAAAUAAUACAGUUAUAAAUUCAAAUGCAAAUUUAAUUAAACAUGCCUUAGAAUCAAAUAAUAAAAUAAUGCCAAUUGAUUAUAUAUUUACUGUUAAUAAAAAUAUACCUAUAUCCCAUAUAAUACUUAGAUAUAAUAAUACUUUAGAUUCAAUAAAUAGAGAAUUAUAUUCUGUAUUUGGAAAAGAUGAUCUUGCUAAAUAUGUAAAUAUUUGCACAUCAGAAAAGGUAAAUGAAUCUGAAGAGAGUACAAAUAAUUUAAAUUUGAAUGUACCUGGAAAUGCAAGUUAUAUUAUUGCAUCAAAAAAUAUGACAUGGGCUAUUUUAAAUAUAAUUAAACCAAAUACAAAAUUAGAUUUUUUAAUAAGAAGAGAAUGUUAUGGUACUUCAGAAAAACUAAGUUCAAAAAUUAACAACUUUAUAAAAAAUAUAUUUGUAAAAGAUAGUGAACCAUUAUCAAAUACACCUACUAAUAAAAUUCAUAUAAAUAAUACUAAUCAAAAUACACAAAUAAAUAUAAAUAAUAAUAAUAAUCCUAUAUAUGCAUUUAAUACAAAUAUGAUAUAUACCUUUAAUGACCCUAAAAGACAAAUUAUAGAUAUUUGUGUAUGCCCAUGGAAUAACUACUUAGUUUUAGCACUUGAUAACUUAGGAAGACUAUGCUUAUAUAAUAUUUCAAGGUUAAGUAUUUUAUAUAUGUGGAAAAGUUAUAGAUCAGCUUAUAUGAGUUUUAUACUAAAAAAAGAUAAUAAUAAUAAUAAAAUAGCUAAAAAUAUAAAUAAUGAUAAGUCCACAACAAUUAGUAAUACUAAUAUUUUUUAUGUUACUGCAACUGAUAAAAGUUGCAAAAAAGGAAUAUUUUUUUAUAUUAAACCAAGAAAUUUAAUUGAAAUAUGGGAUAUAAAUACAUUAUAUAAAAUAUAUGGUAUAAGAACUUUUGAUGACCCAAUUUUAUUUAAAUUUUUUUUCAAGGAUCAUGAUAUUCCUAAUGAUGUUUAUUUUUUUAAUACAAAUACCCAUGUAUUUGUGAUCAACUCAAAGUUUGAAGUCCUUCAUAUAAAAUGGGUUUAA